UGGUCUAUAUUGAUAGACGGUGCAGAUACUUGUAUUCUUUUUCUCGUGGAAACUUGAAUAAGUUGUUCGCAUUCAUAUCUUUUUCUUGCGCUGACUCUUUUUGUCAAGUAUAUCAUUUUUAUCUAGAGGCAACUAGUUAGAUUUACAUAAUUGAUUCCUUUUACAAUGCUAAGAUUCUAAGGAACACAAAAACCUGGUUAUUGUAUAUAUGGUCUUGCUGGAUUCUGAGAGAAAUAAUGCUACUCAGAAAAGAAAUGAAAAAAAGUAAGCCGGAUUUUAUCACUGACUUGAAUAAGAGUUGCCUUUCUACAGAUGUUGACAGGCUUACGUAUUCAGUGUUGCCUCCUGAUAAUGGUAUUGGGGAAGUUGGUCUGGACUUUGCUUUAGCCCAAGUCAAUGGUCUAUGGCAGCUCUUGCACAUAGCUUUUGCAAAGCGACCUAUAUUUAUGACCAGGACAUACAUGUUUGUACAUUACGACCAUAAAGAUUCUGUACAGUUCUUCAACACUUUUAUCUUAAAUUUUUAUGGAAAUAGGAAUAACUAUGUGCCCUUAAGAGGGCUAGAGGAAGGAGGAACAGUAAAAGACUUAGGAUUUAAGUUGUAUUAUUUCUGUAUUUUUUUUCAAUUUUUAGUUUUGGAAUUUGAACUCGAGAUUUAUUUUGUAUCUGAGUAUUAGUUUUUUAAUGUAUAAAAUAAUUAUAGCAAAAAUUAUAUGUCACAAAUUAUUGUU